AUCGUCCUCGACCCGCUGACCUUCAGCGAGGCCCGGUUCCGGCCCUCCCUGGAGGAGCGCCUGGAGAGCAUCAUCAGCGGCGCCGCCCUGAUGGCCGACUCGUCCUGCACGCGCGACGACCGCCGCGAGCGCAUCGUGGCCGAGUGCAACGCCGUGCGGCAGGCGCUGCAGGACCUGCUGAGCGAGUACAUGAACAACACGGGCCGGAAGGAGAAAGGUGACCCGCUGAACUCAGCCAUCGACAAGAUGACCAAGAAGACCAGAGACCUGCGCAGACAGCUGCGUAAGGCCGUGAUGGACCACAUCUCCGACUCCUUCCUGGAGACCAACGUUCCUCUGCUCGUCCUCAUCGAAGCGGCGAAGAGCGGCAACGAGAAGGAGGUGAAGGAGUACGCCCAGGUGUUCCGCGAGCACGCCAACAAGCUGGUGGAGGUGGCCAACCUCGCCUGCUCCAUCUCCAACAACGAGGAGGGGGUGAAGCUGGUCCGGAUGGCUGCCACUCAGAUUGACAGCCUGUGUCCACAGGUCAUCAAUGCGGCCCUGACCCUGGCCGCGCGGCCCCAGAGCAAAGUGGCCCAGGACAACAUGGACGUGUUCAAGGACCAAUGGGAGAAGCAGGUCCGCAUCCUGACGGAGGCCGUGGACGACAUCACCUCCGUGGACGACUUCCUGUCUGUGUCAGAGAACCACAUCCUGGAGGAUGUCAACAAGUGUGUCAUCGCUCUGCAAGAGGGCGACGUGGACACUCUGGACCGGACCGCCGGCGCCAUCCGGGGCCGGGCCGCCCGCGUGGUCCACAUCAUCAACGCCGAGAUGGAGAACUACGAACCCGGAGUGUACACGGAGCGCGUGCUGGAGUCCAUCAAGCUGCUGUCGGAGACGGUGAUGCCUCGCUUCGCUGAACAAGUGGAGGUUGCUAUUGAAGCUCUGAGUACGAACCCCCCUCAGACCUUCGAGGAGAACGAGUUCAUUGACGCGUCGCGCCUCGUCUACGACGGCGUGAGAGACAUCAGGAAAGCUGUCCUCAUGAUACGGACUCCGGAGGAGCUGGAGGACGACUCUGACUUUGAGCAGGAGGAUUACGACACUCGCAGCCGGACCAGCGUCCAGACCGAAGACGACCAGCUCAUUGCUGGACAGAGCGCUCGGGCUAUAAUGGCACAGCUCCCUCAGGAGGAGAAGGCCAAGAUCGCGGAGCAGGUGGAGAGCUUCCGCCAGGAGAAGUGCAAGCUGGAUGCAGAAGUGGCCAAAUGGGACGACAACGGCAACGACAUCAUCGUGCUGGCCAAGCAGAUGUGUAUGAUCAUGAUGGAGAUGACAGACUUCACCAGAGGCAAAGGCCCCCUGAAGAAUUCCUCAGACGUGAUCAACGCCGCGAAGAAGAUUGCAGAGGCCGGAUCCAGGAUGGACAAACUGGCCCGCGCGGUGGCAGACCAGUGCCCCGACUCGGCCUGCAAACAGGACCUGCUGGCCUACCUGCAGCGCAUCGCCCUCUACUGCCACCAGCUCAACAUCUGCAGCAAGGUGAAGGCCGAGGUCCAGAACCUGGGAGGAGAACUCAUCGUGUCCGGGCUGGAUAGCGCCACCUCCCUGAUCCAGGCAGCCAAGAACCUCAUGAACGCCGUGGUGCUGACGGUCAAGGCUUCCUACGUGGCCUCCACCAAGUACCAGAAGGUGUACGGGACAGCAGCCGUCAACUCCCCCGUGGUGUCCUGGCGCAUGAAGGCCCCGGAGAAGAAGCCUCUGGUGAAGAGGGAGAAGCCCGAGGAGUGCCAGACCCGUGUGCGGCGGGGCUCCCAGAAGAAGCACAUCUCCCCCGUCCAGGCGCUCAGUGAGUUCAAGGCCAUGGACUCCUUCUAACGACGCGGACCUCUCACCAGGAAACACACGGCGGUGAAUUAAAGAAGUUCCUUUUUCAAGGUGUGAGUCGCCUCUGUGUUCCUGUCAGGAGGACUUCGUACAUAUUAAAGUGCCACUGUGUGAAAACUGAGGGCACACACACAACACUAUUUAUCUUUAUGUAGCUUAACAUGUGAGCGCCACAGUGUGACACACACACAAGUACUUUUGAAAAGAGUUCAAACAAGUUACAGAUCAGAGGAGGAGUUGUGGCAAUAAAAAAUAAAAGUGUCAGUUGAUAGAGCUGCAUCUUGAACCGGCUGCUUCAUCCACAUUACACUGAAGGGUUCAGACGUCAGUGUUGGUAUGCUCCCUCUAGAUAUUACCUUUUUCAAUUUGAAUGUGACCUUUCGUGCUCGGAGUUAUUUAUGUUUAAGAUACCUGGAAGUGUUGGCGUCCGAGUGGUUUCCUUGUUCCUGAUGAUCAUGAUCCAGAGUGUUUUUAUCCAAAGCACACUUAUGGUCUAUUGUAUUGCCUUUUUAAAUUCAAUUUAUUUAAUUAUUACAUCACUAACUAUGAUGACCUUGAUUGGAAGUUGUGUAGCGUAUAAAUAUAGACGGAGAGGUUUGACUAGUGAAUAGAACCCCUGCAUACGGUCCCUUUAUAUCCACCCUUCUCUAAUAAACGCUCAGCUGGACCCUC